AUGUCUGGUAUUAAUUUAUUAUACAUUGAAUUUUUUGAUAGUAAUAGUGAUUAUGUAUCUAAUUCUUUUAAUGGUAAUGAUGAUUAUGCAUCUGAUUUUUUUAAUAGUGGUAAUGAUUAUACAUCUGAUUCUUUUAAUAGUGGUAGUGAUUAUGCAUCUAAUUCUUUUAAUGGUGAUGAUGAUUAUGCAUUUGAUUUUUUUAAUGGUAGUAGUGAUUAUGCAUCCAAUUUUUUUAACAAUAGAGGUAAUUAUACAUCCAAUUCUUUUGAUAGUGAUGAUAGAUAUGUAUCUGAUUCUUUUGAUAAUAGUAUUUCUGGUCAAAAAAAAUAUAAUUAG